AAAGGUACCUGGUCAUAAAAAAUGCUUUAAUUGAAUUGAUUAUGAUGGACAGACAUUAAUAAACAAUAACAAGAAAAGUGUAAAACGUUUUCUAUUUUAAAUCUAUUUCAAAGUGGGUAGGUGAAUGUCCUCCUUAUAUACAGGCCAUGUAUUCAACCUCGGAACAGGGCAUACAGUAACGCACUGUCAAGUCAUCCUGGGGUUUAAAGAGUCGGAGACGCACUGGCCGCGUGGAGUUCGGCUCCGCUGGGUCCGCGCGCACCACUCGCUGUCUCCGCGCGCCACCGCGCCCUGUGUCCACGCGCACCACGCUCUGUGUCCCUAUCACCCCUCGCGCCGCAGACCCGUUUAAAACAUGAGUGGAAAAGUAGUUUUCUUCCUCGAGAGGCGGAUGGCGGAUCUGGGAUUAUGGCAGGCGACGACGUCUCACGUCACUCAGGAACCGCUCCAUUAAGAGCUGUUGGCUCCUCGCGCCCCGACCUCCCGUGGGGCUGGGCUCCUUGGCUCGCGAGUGACUUCCGUUCUGCUGGCAGGGGACACGCAGGAGAGUGAUGAAGCCCCAGGAGGGAGAGCUGGUGGCGGAGAUCUCCAAGCUCCAGCUCAUGGUCUCGGAGCUGAAGAGCGGCUUCUCCAGCGCCCUGCUGGAGCUCAGCCAGAUCCAACAUGGCGACUCGUACCUCCGGGAGGAGAUGGAGGAGAACCGCCAGAGCUGCCAGAAGAAGGCGCGGCGCCUGGAGACGCUGGUGGAGACGCUGAGGGAGGAGCUCGGCUCGUUGCAGUGUCAGAUCCUACAGCUGGACGUCAACAACCGAAUGAGGGCCCAGCAGGCAGACAGGGGCACCACCACCACUACCCAGAAGGAGAGUGAGCCAGGGGAAGCGGCCAGGGGAAGGACGCAGUGUGAGGGAUGUUCUGGACAACCGCCACCCUCGUCUUCCUCCCCCAGAGGAAGGCUCCUGCUCCACUCCUACCUGCAGGGCCUCCGGGCGGGUCUGUCGGGGGAGACGGACGCGCGCCAACAGGUGGUGAUGCAGCUGCUCCACUCGGAGUGGGAGUACGUCUCCACCCUGAACCAUCUCUACGACAAGUACAAGAACAGCUCUCAGAUGAGCAGGGAGCCCUAUCAGUCCUACCUGCAGUUCGUGGACCAGAUGCUGCAGCGCCACCUGGUGUUCAGGAACACCCUGCAGGAGCGCUUGUCCGCCGACCACUGGAAGUCUUUAGUGGGAGACCUGCUGGUGCAGCUCAUUGGCCACAACAACACGGCCUUCAUGGACGUGUACAUCGGAUACACCACCAGCCUGGCUCGCUUCCUGUCCCUGGAGCUCCACCGGGGAGACAGGACGCAGAAGAAGACGAGAGAUCAGACGGAGCGGGAGGAGGGUAAGCUGCUGUCCCUGCUGCUCGCACCUGUCUCCCGUAUCCACGGUUACCUGGGACACAUUCAGAAUCUGCUGCAGUGGACCAGCCGAGACCACCCGGACUGCAGCCUACUGCUGGGCUCCGAGAAGGUCCUGAGGGAGACGCUGUCCCGCUGCCACAGCAUCCUGGAGCAGGACGUCCAAUGGGAAGAGGACGCUCAUCCGACCAAUCAGAGCGGGAAAUGCUCUGGCGGCCCUCCCGCGUGCGUGUCAUCUGCUAGCUGCUGUGCGCGGAGUCAGCAGUGCCAGGGCCCAGCAGGGCCAGCGGGGCCCCCAGCCAGAGACCUGAGAGACGAGCAGGCUCCGCCUCAGGCCGCGGGCGUCGCCAUGCGGUGUCCCAGCAUGCACCUGGAGUGCUGGUCCUGCAGCCCCGUGAGCCGGAAGCGGGACCGGCUGGCCCAGGGGGGCCCCCCCACCCUGGGGGGCCCCUCCACCCGGGACCGCGGCAUCACCAGCUGCUUCGCCCCCCCCCUCCUGUCCCCCCGGCCCCCCGGCGGCCUGCGGCCCCCCGACACCCCCCCCACCGUCUGGGAGACCAGCGACUCGGGCCAGGGGACGUCCAGCCAGCCAACGGGCCGGGGGGGCCCCGACGACGCGGAGGACGGGGAGACGGACCAGGACGACACCUCCGCCUUCGACUACUCCUCCGUCACCUCGGGGAGCCCCGACGGGACGCUGCGCACGGGCCCCGGGGACAGCCACACCGGGGGGGACGAUGAGGAGGAGGAGGAGGAGGAAGAGGAGGAGGAAGAGUGGGGGGAGGAGGACAGCCAGGUGCCGGUGCUCCUCCGGCCGGGCUGCCAGCGGAGGAGGAGGGAGGCGGGCCGGGAGCGCACCGUGUGUCUGAGGUGGCAGAUCCCCCGCCUCACCCCCCUCCCGCCCGACGGGGGGGCCGCGGCGGGGCCGGGGCCGGGGCCGUGCGCGGAGGGGCCCUGCCUGGUGGGGUCCUACGGCAAGCGGCUGGUGAGCAUCAGGAAGGGCUCGCCGCCGCUGCACCCCAAGAGCGCCUUCCGGCCCAUCUGGGACGACCCGUCCAAGCAGGUCCUGACGCAGGCGGACCCGGGUCCAGACAGGGACCCCAGGACGGUCUUCGUCCCCGUCCCGGGUCCAGAGAGAGACCCCAGGCAGGUCUUCGUCCCUGUACCGGGUCAGGCCCGCCACACCUUCCAGAAGUUCAGUCAGAAGAGAGAGGACAUGAGACAGGCGGGGGCGCUGCAGCAGCUGGGCAGCGGCCAUGUUGGAGCCACCCAGGGCCACGGGGGACUAUGGGACGACAGUGAGGACAGCGAGGGCCCCUGCAGCACAGUCUAGGGGCCCCAAUGGAACCUGAAAGGGGGGUUAUUCUGAAAUGUUUGGGCGCCGACAUUGAGUUAAUUUCGUUUGCAUGCUGGGAUGAGUUUACCUGCAAGUUUAAUCUAGAUUACAUUUGUUUACGUGCGGACAAUAAAAAUACUUUUUAGACCAA